UUGGUAAAUGAUAAGUUUUACCGCAUCGUGUGUAUCCUUCCGCGUUCACUUACGUUAGGCCUAUGCUUCGUUUGCUCUGUGUUUGUAGACCGGAGGGGUUCAAGUGGAACUUUACCCCAAAAUUCGUAUCUGUGAGGCUCGAACCAGUGACGCGGUCAUGAUAGGGCAGUAGAGUAUAUUUAAAAAGUCUCAAGAACGCACAAACAGUAUAGGCAAUAUGUUUAUAUCGGUGAAAAUUCUUCAGGGUGAAGAAUGCACAAUAGAGGUAAGUGGGGUAUCUGCCAGUUCUUCCAUCAGCGCUGUGAAACAUCUUGUUGCCCAACAACUGCAAAUUCCUGUAGACCAGCAGCGCCUAGUGUUCAGAGGCAAGACGCUCUCAGAUAGCCUAUCUCUGGGGGACUACAACAUUGUGGAAGGGAACAGGCUGCACCUAUUUGUUCUCAAGGCAGCCGACAACGCCACAGUCGUGUGGGACCAAAUGCGAAAAUUUCUGCUGUCUCAAUUCUCCCACGAGGAUGCCGAGAAAGUGUUAGAAGAAUAUAAAAAGGACUUCUCCCAGUCCGUUGCUGGCUUGAGCCUUGAUGACAUUGAAAGAUUGGCCAGCAGCAGCCUGGGAACAACCUCCACAACUACUUCCACCUCAGGCGACACAGUGUCAAGACCUCCGCCAGGUCGAGGCAGCGGUAGCUCCCUCCUGGUUCUCAGCAAUGAUGACACCUCCUAACAAUGCUACAAGACCUCCUUACUCCUCAUCUCCCCCCCCCCCUCCUUUCUCUCUCCUCCUUUGGCCCUGCUCCCGGCACCUCAGUGCUCAUUCCGUCUCCUUAAUCCCAAGAGACACACGAUGCGGACGGUCCAUUCACACCAAUGACGGAGGGCUCCUCCUGUUACCUGGCAUGUAACUGGCCAAGUGCACAAAGGAUAAGGAGGAAUCACAGUGUUGCGAUUUUGUGUGACGGAUGAGGGUGAUGCCAUUUGCCAUCUUUUGUUUUGGUGCCUCAGGGGGUGGCCACUGGCAGCAGCUGCGACAAAUCAGUCUUUGAAAUAAAAAGUGCCACAAGCGCUUUUGGUGACGUGCUUUGGUUUCAUAAUGUGCAACAAUCUGCAACGGCACUGACAAACAUUUUCUUUUGUGUGUGUGUGUGUGCCAGUUGGCUUAACAGUGUUUCGUUGGUUUAAUUUUGCUUUACUGUAUUUUUCACCAACUGAUACAUUUUUCUGUCAUUGUGUUGUUUGCAUCAAAAAGGAAUUUACAAUCAAGAUGAGCAUUGUUGCUGUAUUGGCGCUCCCUUGGUUUUUGUAUGUUGGAUGCUGCAGGCGGUCUUAGUGUGAAAUGCAGUGACUGGCCUGAACAGGGCAACAAUACUGUGCUGCCUUGUUUGUAAUGGUUCUGCAUACCCUUCUUGCCGUCACAAACACGCAUGUGUGAGAAGUGAUGAGACCUUGUGUUUUGUCCAUUUACCACUUUUCCUUUGUGUGUGUUAUUCAGCUUGUGGAGGAAGGAUUGAGUGUGAAGUGGCCAUUGGAAGCUGUGUAAAGCAUCAGCGAAGAAAGCAGUGUUUGUGUAUGUAAAUUGCGGAAGGGGGAGCUAUGUCUAAUGUUUUCGUAAAAUGGGGUAUGGCGAUGUGGCCUUGGACACUCAAAGCUGUGCUUGUGGCCUGAGGACAACAGGAGAGCAAGUGCAGGUUUCUCAGGCUACCAAAGACAACUUGCCGACGCACGCCAGACGGGUUACAUUGGUGAGCAUCUCUCAAUGUGUGCAGUACCGAGAGUUCUGCAAAGUAGUGUUUUGUGUCUUACAGCAAGAGCCCAGUGACAUUCACACUGUACCGCUGCUGGUGGCACGCCACUCUGUAUUUAAAAGCCGCUUAUCUGCCUUUUGUUACACCUUUGCCUGAGAUGAGCAACACACUUCUCUUUUGUACAUACAGUUGUCUUGAAAUGAACUUGCCACAUCUGACCCUAUGCCCACUUGUAUUUUGUAAUGGUCCAACGUGCAGGCAUAAUUUGUUGGGUGAGCUUUUAAUAACGGUUGUUCUUGCUCGAGUAUUUGCCUCUGAACAGCCGUGGCACUUUGCAUCAUUUUUUGUUCAUGCAAUUGCCAUGUCUAGACAUUCAUUCUUAGAAAUAGACGCAAUGGGAAAGCACAACCAAUUGUGCAUUCUCGAGGCAUCUGGGAAAGGUCCUCCUAUUUAUUUUUCAAUAGCCCGAGAAAUGUAACACCACUGUUCUGGCCUUGAUUGUGGUCAGCGUGUGUCACCCCUGUCGACAAAGUUAUCAUUUACAAAGAUUGGUGGAGCCUCGCCAGUUCACUGAAAAAUGUGCUGAAAAUAGGUACUACUAGUGAAAAUAUAAGAACAAGUCAGCUGGGCAGUAGUUUUGCUGACAGGACGUUGUGUUGACCAUUGUUUUUAGCCAUUCCUGUCUUUAUUGCACAAUUGCAUCAGUCACUUUUAUCUGGCGCAUUUUCUCUGUUCAUGCUGCAAUUCCCAUUAUGCAAAAGAAUUCUGCCCUGCUGCCUUGACUUCCAUACAAGUACUCUUGUAACGAGGUUCCCACAUAGCCAAUAAAGUUCAUUUUUUGUGCUAUAA